UGAAGAGUUGACUUCCGGGUCUGGAAAAUUAGGAAAAAGUUUGCAAAAGUUGUAUUUUGAUAAAAAUAAAGAAAAUCAACUUGUCAUAUUAAUUGCAAUUGACAAUAUGUAAUAUAUCCCGAUGCUUAGAUAACGAGAAUGGCCGAACCAGGCCCUCCUGUCACAAUAAAUGAACUGAUAAAGCUGACAAAUGUAGGCAUACCACAAGAUCAAGUGACUUGGUCCAGGGUGACCUUGUCCUCUGAUAGAUGGAUAGCAAUUAGACAUGGCAAGAAAAAAGAAGAUGGCAGUAAAUGCAUGGUAACAGUGUUGAGCCUGAAAGAUGGAUCUAUAUCGUAUGCUGGCCAGACUAGUGCUGACUCCGUCCUCAUGAACCCUUCCAAACCCAUCAUAGCACUUAAAGCUGAGCAAAGAUUUGAGAUAUUCAAUGUGGAGACUAAACUGAUGCUGACAAAAACUAAAAUACAUGACCCUGUUUGUUACUGGACAUGGUUGAACUCUGAUAUUAUUGCCAUAGUAACAGACACUGCAGUCUUUCACUGGAGUCUAUUUAAAACAAAAGAUAGUCAGCCGGAGAAGGUAUUUUUGCGGCACAGUCGGCUGGCAUUCAGUGAAAUCACAAGUUAUAAGGCAGAUAAUAGUAUGAGAUGGUUUGCAAUAACUGGGCUCACUCCUGAGGAGGAUAGAAUCUCAGGUCUAACACAACUAUACAACAUGGAUGAGGACAUUACUCAGGUGAUAGCUUGUCAUGCCAUCUGCUUUGAUACGUAUAAAUUUGCAGGCAAUUCUUGCCCUUCAACUGUAUUCUGUGUCGGGUCCAGGGACAUUGGUAACUAUGGAAAAGUACAUGUGAUAGAGCUAGGUCCAUACAAGGCAGGGAACUUUGCUCCAAGAAAUACUUAUGAUCAGAUACAUUUUGGAAAAGAUUCUGAACAUUACGAUUUUCCUGUGGCGUUACACGUUUCUGGAGAAUAUGGCCUGGUGUUUAUGCUGACAAAGUAUGGUUGCUUGUUCUUGUGUGACAUGGACACUGCAACAUGUCUGUGCAGCAUGCGGGUUUCAGAGGAUAUAAUAUUUACCUCAACUAUAAAUACAGAAACACAGGGUUUUAUUGGGGUUACACGGAGGGGACAGGUGCUUGCAGUUGAUAUAAAGAAAGACACAUUGAUCAAAUUUGUGCGAGAUACAGCUAAGAAAGGGAACCAGGCAGACAGAUUGGAAAGGGCAAUAGUCACAAUCAAUGAGCCAGGGUCCAGCUCACAGAUUCCAUAGAAAUAUGGUAGCAAUGCUGUCAAGUUUUAUUAUGUCUUCUGUUAUUAAUCCACAGACUUUAAGGUCUGUGACAUUUUCUAAUCUUUUGGAUCAUUUGAUAUAGCAUUUUCUAUUGAAGUACAUGUAGGUAUUUGAUAUAUAACUGUUUUACUUGCCGGUACAUUUGUUGAACAAAUUUUGAGCAAAGUUUUUCUUUGUGGUUUCUAAAUUAAGCAUGAUGUCCAGUCCCUAUACAUGAGACUUUUUAAAAAAACUUAAUUUGAAUAAUAUUGUCAUAUGCUUGGUAUAUUUUCAUACCUUGCUUUCAUUUACAUUUAAAUAUACAUGUACAUAUUUUAAGGUAACAUUUUUUUACCUCUUUUGUGUAGAAUUUUUGUUGGUAGAAGUUUUGUUUAUUUUUCGCUACUUAUAUAGUGUUUGAAUUUCAGUCAUUUAUUUUUGUGUGUAUAAGAUGAAAACUUGUAAUACUGUACACAUAUGAGAAGUCAAUCUAGUCUUGUUAUGUCUCCCACCACACAGUGGUGGGGAAGACAUGUUGAUUUACUCCUGUCUGUCUGUGUGUGUGUGUGUGUGUCUGUUUGUCGUGUGUCUGUCACAAAUCUUGUCUGCACUCGUAAUAAGUUCAACAUUUCUCACCCUACCUUCACCAAACUUGAACAAAAUGUGUUUGACCAUAAGUCCUCAGCCAGAUUCGAUAACUAGCCAAAUCGGCCCAGGCACUUCGGAAUUAUGGCCCUUGAAUUAACAAAAAUUGGCCUUUUUACUCUUGUCCGCACUCUAAGUUGAACAGUUCUCAUCUGAUCUUCACCAAACUUAAACAAAAUGUAUUUACCAAUAAGUGCUCGGCCAAGUUCAAUAAUGAACCAAAUCGCCCUAGGCACUUUAAAUUAUGGCCCUUGAAUUACCAAAAAUUGGCCUUUUUAAUCUUGUCCCUGCUGUAAGUCGAACAGUUCUCAUCUGAUCUUUACCAAACUUGAACCAAAUGUUUUUGACCAUAACUCCUUGGCCAAGUUCAUUAACUAGCCAAAUUGCCUCAGGCACUUCAGAAUUAUGGACCUUGAAUUAUCCAAAAUCAGCCUUUUUACUCUUCAAAGGUAUAUUUAUAGUGAGUAAACAGUAUAUAAAGACUGACUUACUAUUUAGAUGAUUAGGCAGUUGUGGGAGACAUGCACUUUUCUCAAAAGCAGCUCUAGUUGAUGGAAAAAAAUGUUUUAAUUUAAAUCAAUCAAAAUUUAGGUGUAGUUUGCAGUAUAUAUAAGUCAGGAUUCUUCUGUGUGAAACAGGUUAAUUUUUGGACAAAAAUUUAGCUGAGGAUAUUGAUCUAGCACGUUUUUAUGUAGAAAGGAUAAAUUUUGUUUUCACUAUAGCAUCUGUUUAGUUUUAAAUGAUUGACCUCACAGUUGAGAAAUUUGAAACACUGAGUAUGUUUCUGUUUUGAUAGAUAGUUGUAUGGUUAAUGUGUCUUCUAAUUAUUCAAACAAUCUCCUAGAGAAGCGAUGUAAAUGAGGGAUACUGUGCACAUUUUGUAAAAGUGAUUUAGGAUCUUGUACUCCUGUUAAGAAGUAUGUCAUGGGAAGUAUUCUAUAUUUUAGCUGGUAAGGGGUUAUAGAAUGUUUAGUAGUCAUAUAUUCAAGUUAUUCUCAUGCUGACUUAAAUAUUCCAACAAAAAAAAUCAGAUGAAGUCAGAGAUAGUGUCAAACUUUAAUUUUUAAUCCCCCGCCAAGAAUGGUGGUGGGGGAGGUUAUAGGAAUGGUCUCCAUACAUCCUUCCGUAACAUUUUGUGUCCGCUCUGUAUCUCCUAAACCCCUUGAAGGAUUUUUAUGAAACUUGGAUGAAAUGAUCACCUCAUCAAGAUGAUGCGCAGAACCCUUGAGUCAGCCAUGUCGGCUCAAGGUAAAGGUUUGAGCCUUCCAUUUAGUGUCUGCUCUGUAUCUCCUAAACCCCUUGAAGGAUAAUCAUGAAACUUAGGUCAAAUGAUCACCUCAUCAAUACAAUGUGCAGAACCCAUGAGCCAGCCAUGUCAGCUCAAGGUCAAGGUCACAACUCAAGGUCAAAGGUUUGAGCCAUCCAUUUCGUGUCUGCACAGUAUCUCCUAAACCCCUUAAAGGAUAAUCAUGAAACUUAGAUCAAAUGAUCACCUCAUCAUUUGUGUUAAAUUGUAGUCAGUUUUUGGCUGAUAUAAAACUAGAAGUAGGUAGAGGUAUACAGUAAAAGGGAUAAAAAAAGUACUUAGGUCUGCAAUAAUGCAUUUUGCUCAACUGGAUUCUACCGGGCAAGAUCACACUUGGUGCAAACACCUUGUAGUGUCACAGCCCGAAAUCCACUCAAGCAGAAUACAACAUUGUAGAUCAAGGUAAAGUUAUAAAAACCCUAUUAUGUUUUAAGAGAAAUCAAGGAAAUACCUUGUUAGGUAAAAGAUGGAUCAGACAAUAGUGAAGCUACCUCUGCAGAUAUAUGAUUAAGUGUGAUUGAUGUAAAAUUUCACUUUUUGUGAAAGUGUUCUGACUGUUUUAAUAAUAAACAACUAUGUGCAAUAGCUUUUUUGAAAGUGUCAUAUACAGUAGUAGUGCUAUUCAUUUUUAGUGCUUACUUUUUAUGCCCCCGAAGGGAGGCAUAUAGUUUUUGAACCGUCUGUCUGUCGGUCUGUCGGUCUGUCAGUCUGUCGGUCUGUCCGCAUUUUCGUGUCCGGUCCAUAUCUUUGUCAUCGAUGGAUGGAUUUUCAAAUUACUUGGCAUGAAUGUGUACCACAGUAAGACGGUGUGUCGCGCGCAAGACCCAGGUCCGUAGCUCAAAGGUCAAGGUCACACUUAGACUUUAAAGGUCAUUUUUCAUGAUAGUUGGGCGUGUCCGGUCCAUAUCUUUGUCAUCGAUGGAUGGAUUUUCAAAUAACUUGGCAUGAAUGUGUACCACAGUAAGAAGACGUGUCGCGCGCAAGACCCGGGUCCGUAGCUCAAAGGUCAAGGUCACACUUACACUUUAAAGGUCAUUUUUCAUGAUAGUUGGGCGUGUCCGGUCCAUAUCUUUGUCAUCGAUGGAUGGAUUUUCAAAUAACUUGGCAUGAAUGUGUACCACAGUAUGACGACGUGUCGCGCGCAAGACCCAGGUCCGAGAGCUUAAAGGUCAAGGUCACACUUAGACUUUAAAGGUCAUUUUUCAUGAUAGUUGGGUGUGUCCGGUCCAUAUCUUUGUCAUCCAUGGAUGGAUUUUCAAGUAACUACACAUGAAUGUAUGGCACAGUAAGACGACGUGUCGCGUGCAAGACCCAGGUCUGUAGCUCAAAGGUCAAGGUCACACUUAGACGUUAAAGGUCAUAUUUCAUGAUAGUGCAUUGAUGGGCGUGUCCGGUCCAUAUCUUUGUCAUUCAUGCAUGGAUCUUAAAAUAACUACGCAUGAAUGUGUGGCACAGUAAGAUGUUUUGUCGCGCGCAAGACCCAGAUCCGUAGGUCAAAGGUCCUAAACUCUAACAUCGGCCAUAACUAUUCAUUCAAAGUGCCAUCGGGGGCAUGUGUCAUCCUAUGGAGACAGCUCUUGUUUUAUUUUUAACAUAACAUGUCCAGUAUUUUGAUAGAUGCAAUUAUUAGUUGAAGGCAAAACUACAUUGUGAGAGAUGAUGUGUGUUUUGUGUCUGACAUAUUUCAACAACCCGUCGUUACGUGACUGAAAUACUGUUGAAAAACGGUGUUAAACCCAAAACAAAACAAAAAUAUUUCAACAAACUUUGAUGGAUAUAUAUAGGAAAAACCAUGUAAAACAAUUUAUGAACUUUCAAAAAUAAUAUUCAAAACAUUACAGAUGCCUGAACGUCCUCAAAACAAUUUUUUUUUUUUUUUUUAAGUUUUUGUUGAAUUGAUUCAUUGCAGUAACUUUACAAUUAAAGUUUAAAACAUACACAGACCAGAUUUGCUGCACCAUGAGAAAACCAACAUAGUGCAUUUACGACCAGCAUGGAUCCAGACCAGCCUGUGCAUACGCCCUGUCUGGUCAGGAUCCAUGCUGUUUGCUUUCAAAGCCUAUUGCAGUUUGAGAAUCUGUAAGCAAACAGCAUGGAUCCUGACCAGACUGCACAGAUGCACAGGCUGGUCUGGAUCCAUGCUGGUCGCAAAUGCAAUAUGUUGGUUUUCUCAUGGCGCAGCUCAAUGAUGGUCCACAUUCUGGGAAAAGAUAUUCAUUGUCGGAUAUUUAAGCAUUGUUUGACCCGCUGUAAAUAUUGAUUGCCUGUAUACAUGGCCUCACAGCUCCCUUCUAAUAAAUAUUACUAGACACAUCUGAAGGUCUGAAGCUUUUAUCAAUAUUGUUAUACAAUUUUUCCUUAAAAAUCCAACAGCAAAAAAGCAUGUUGUCUCAGACUUCUUAAACCUUUAAAUGUUAUGUAGAAACUGCCAACAAAGUAAGGGAGACAAUAUGCUUUAUUAUCCAUAAACAUGGUAAGAGUAACAUCCCUUAGGGUCACAUCAUCUCCAUCAUCUCCAUCAGCUUAGCUUUUUUCCUGAUCCCAAAUUGUCUUCUUUAGGUCAGUAGUUAGAACUGUGCAGGUGGUUGAUUCUUAAAGUUCAACUGAGUACUUUUCUGAUAUUUUUGUAGAUGUUUUAGAAAGCAAUUUGCCAAUGUAUUUAAUUUAUACUGAUUCUUUUAGCUUAAUUGUAAUAAAAGCUUGAAGCUUAUUUGAAUCACUCUGAAGUCUGCUUCCUGGACAAAACAGUACUGGUGUCAUAUGAGACAGCAUCGUCAUAACCCUAGUGGGGCCCGAACCCACAACCUUCAAGUUCAGUGGUAGACAACUUAAACACUAGACUGCCGCUCCCCUUGAUUGAAUAGCAGAGUUUGUUAUUACCUGUAUGAUACGCUGUUUCUACUCUCAGCUUGGCACUCAUCAAGGUGUAAAUCAGGUGUGUAGGAAGGAUUGGCUGCAAUCAAGGGAUAUAUGAACUAUCUAGGCAUCUCCUUAUAAAGGGCUAUUUUUGGGCUCUUACAUGCAGUUUAAUAGAAUUAUUACUGAAAUGUUCCAGAAAAUCUGCCACAUUGUGACUGUAUAUAUAAAUUAUAAUGGUGUAGUUUUUAACCCUGUACAUUACUUACAUGUAAAUGAAUGAUUUUUAUGCAUUGAUGUUUUAAUUCAGUUUUACAACUGAUGCCAAUUAAUUGUAUGCUCAUUCUCAUUGGUUUAUUGCCUUGUUGCAGUAAGUGUAUAUCUAUUGAGUGUCAUAUUUAUUGACCUCUAGAAUGUCAUAUUUAUUGACCUAUUGGAAAUAUAUUCACAUACCUACCUCUUAGUGUGAACUUUGAUUAUGUACAUUAAGAUGUUUGUUUGUUUUCUUUUUUGCUUUUUCAUAUUUAGCAUAUUUAGCAUAUUUAGAUAUAUACCCGGUAAUUAGCAUACUGAAAUAUAUACCAGUAAACAGUAUGUGUAGAGAGGUGUAAUGUUUACAAAGGGAGGUUACUUGCUUGUCAGCAAAUGCCUCAUAAAAUUUUAUUUAUGGCAGAAUUAUUUUUUUGCAUGUUUGCAUGUUACUAUUCUAUACAUUUGAUGGUCCUGCCCAGUUAUGUUAACCUUUAGCAUACGUCUGCUGGAAAUGUCAUCUGCUAAAAUUGUAAAGUUCAUUCAAUUUGCUCCAAAAUUGGAAGAAAUAUUGUCAGAGUAGCAAACAGCUUGGAACCUGAUCAGACACCGAUUUUAUCGGCGUCUGAUCUGGUUCCAAGCUGUUUGCAAAGGCUGUUAAAUUCACCUGCAGCAGGCUAAAGGUUAAUGUAAAUAGACAAAAUCAGGUGUCUUACAGCGUCUUUUACAACAUACUGGUAGUUCUGAAUGUUUGUUACGCUGGAAGUUAAAGCUUAUUGUGAUUUAUCUGAAUAAUGUAGAAUGAAACCUGGGUGCUGUAUACAGAAACAUGAAACAUGCUAAACCUACAGUGUCAGCUGAUAAAACUAAUCUGCCUAAGAUUAAAGAUAAUAACAAAAAUGUUUGCACAUAAAAUGAUCUAAUAUUAUGUGAAAACAUCAGCUUCAACAAGAGUCCUUUCUAUCAGAGAAUUAAGCAAUGAACUGACCAGUAUGUGAUGAUAAAGCAGUAAUUUACAACUGUAAGAAGUUUCAUUAAAAUUAACGUCAUAGAAUUUUGUCAUUAAUAUACAUCUAUGAAAAUGUCAGCGAAAUUGUGAUUUUCUCAUAGACUAAUUUUAUUAAAAAAAUGCAAGGUCCAAACUUUUGAAUCAGUCUUGCAAAAAAUCAGUCACAGGACCUGUUUGUUUUACUAACUAAUUGAGCCGUGCCAUGAGAAAACCAACAUAGUGGGUUUGCGACCAGCAUGGAUCCAGACCAGUCUGCGCAUCUGCGCAGUCUGGUCAGGAUCCAUGCUGUUCGCUUUUAAAGCCUGUUGGAAUUGGAGAAACUGUUAGCGAACAGCAUGGAUCCUGACCAGACUGCGCAGAUGCGCAGGCUGGUCUGGAUCCAUGCUGGUCGCAAACCCACUAUGUUGGUUUUCUCAUGGCACGGCUCAAUUAUAUUCUUGAAAUGUAAAAAAGGAAUUUUAUCUAAUUUAGUAGUGUGGUGUUCAAAGAUUAACUUGUUUUAAAACCUGAAUGAAUAUCUUCCUUUUAAUUUGUACCACUUUAAAACUUCUGCAAAAUUAAAUGAAAUCAUACAGGACUUAUGUAGAUAUGUGGAACAUCUAUGUUAUAGUUAGUUGAGGCACUAUAGACUUAUGUAUCCUUAAUCUUAGACAAACUUUGUAUACUGUAGUCUGCACUAUUGGUGCAUUGAAGUUUGUGGUGCUAACAACCUCCUUAGGUUUACAUUGAUUCCAGUGAAAAUUGUGUAGAUGUGCACAACAUACUUGUUUUGGUCAGGUCAGAUAGACUUAGAUAAAAGAAAUGUAUUUCCUCUGACAAAGCAGUAUUGCUGGAGUAUUUAUGACAUUUAUUAAUAGAUCUAGAUCCUGAACAUCAGCUGUUUCUUAAUUGAUUUUACAUUAAACCUAAGGAAGGUCGGUGCACCUGGUGUUCCUCCACCAACAAUGCUGGAAAGUUGCUAUAUGACCUAUGAUUGUGUCGGUGUAAGGUUAAACCCAAUGAAAAAACAUUUAGCUGUUUAUUUCAGUUGCAAACAUGUUUACCUGUAAGAACGGUGCAAACAUUGCAACAAGUGCACACAUUGCAACAGAUGCAAUAUAUUGAUGUUUUAUAAAAACUACAUGAAAAGAACCAUCCCUAUGCUUAAGGCCUGCACAGCACUUCAUGUGGAGUAUAAUGCUAUGCAUUCACUAAAAUCUUAAAGGUUUCUGUCUCUUUUUUUAUCACAUUUAAAAAAAGAAAUAUACAGUGUUUUUUGCAUUAGUCUUUAAAAUCUCUAAAAAGAUAAAAUGAAAUUUCAUAAAACAUUAUUCACCACAUAAAUUCAUCUUGGUUGACUUUAGUAUUUUCUAUCCAUUAUUUAUAUCAUCAUACAGAUACAUAUUUCCUGUUAUUUAUGUCAAAGGAUAAAUAGGUAAAACACUCAAAAGUUAGACCAUCUUUUCCAUAAGACCACCGAGGGGCCUCAGUGGCCGAGUUGUUAAGAUCGCUGACUUCAAAUCGCUUGCCCCUCACUGUUGUGGGUUCGAUCCUCACACGGGGCGUUAAAUUCUUCAUGUGAGGAAGCCAUCUAGCUGGCUUUUGGAAGGUCAGUGGUUUUACGGAUGUGCCCGCCCGUGAUGAAAUGAUGCAUUGGGGGGGGGGGGGCACCUAGGGUCUUCCUCCACCAUCAAAGCUUGAAAGUCGCCAUAUGACAUAAUUGUGUCACUGUGACAUCAAACUGAACAAGACCAAAACAAUCAUAAGACCACCAUUUUGUUUUUAAAUGAUAACUACUGCUAGUCAUUCAAGCUGUUUUCAAAAAUGACUGUGUCAGUUUUAGUGUAUGAAGUGUGAGUACAUUGAAAUUGAUACAUGCUAAUUAUGCAGUUAACUCCCCGCACACACACACACACACACACACAUUCUCUUAAAGAAGAGGGGCUAUAUUGUUUUGCUUUAAAGAAAUAGUCAGUCUCUUUGUGUGUCAUCAAACUUCAUAUGAACAAGGAUUAAUGCCUUGGUUCGCUAGAUGAUCCCUAUUGUUUAAGAUGACAGGGACUUAGGCUGAAAACUAGACAUACAAUGGUCAAACUUUGUAUGAUGAUAUCUAGUUUAUAACUUUGUAGUUAUUUUGCCAAAAGUCAAGGCCACAGAGAACUAAGUAUCACCUUCCACUCUCAUAUCUUUGUAUAUAUGUAGUUUGGGGAGGGGGGAGGGGAAGGUACAUAAGCAUGUUAAUUCAAGUUUGUCCCAUGAUACUUUUAUAUCGUUAAGUUUUCUUUUUAGUAUAUUUUCAGUUUGUCCCAGUUAUAAUUGUACAAAUAAAUUGAAUAAAUAAAGACUGUCCUUGAUAUUAUAUAUUUUAUUGAUCAGCUGUGAUUGCAUGUUGGUUAAACUACUCAUGCUACAAAGAAUUAUAAUAUAUAGGCUGAGCUUCGAGAGUCUGGCUAUGAUUGACAGAUAAACACAGCUACAGUAGCACCUCCUCUUCACUUGAAUUAAAACUUGCAUAACAAUGUGAAAUUAAAAUAAACAGCAAAAUAUUGGUGCUAGACAAAUUCUGUCAAAGUGUCACUUUAAAAUAUCUGAACAUAAUAAUUUAAUUCUGAAAAUAUUACAAGUUAAUAUUGAUAAGUUUACAUCCUGUGUGUUCUGCACAUAUCCUAAUCAUUUGUUGAUUGUACACCAGUCUAAGUGUCUACAAUAAAUAUGUAAGGUAAUUAAAUUAAAUGUUAAAUAAACUAGAGUUAAUUACCACAUCCUCUAUCAAUGAAAUUCCAGUGUUAGUUGUUGUGAGUUGAAUUAAAACAUUGUGUAACAAAAAUCCUUUUUUUUAAUGAAAUUAAUCAAUAAAUUUGCCUCAUGUAAACAUUCAAAUAGUUAGAUUUUACUGUGGUAUAUUCUUGUAUUUAUUUAGUCUCAUUUGUACACAAAAUACUUGAAUAAUUAUUUCUAUAUUCCAUAUAUUGCAUAAUGUAAGUAUAUCUAACUCUAAGAUAAUAUCAUAUUUUUGAGCUGGAAGGAAGUCUGGAUCUUUUGUUAUUGUUUUGGGAAGGUAUUUAUUUAUUUCAUUAAAUUUUUUCUUAUUGAACGAUCAAAGUUUUUAAACCAAAAUUUUGCACCAUAUAAUUCAUUUACAAACGUGUUUACCUGCAAUAGAUAAAAUAUUUCAAAGCUAUGUUAUAAGCAGGAUACCAUCUUGCUUGCAAGACCACCAUUUAUUUCUCAAUUAUACUUACUGCUAGUCUGUCAAGCUGUUGUUUUCAUUUAAAACUGCAAGUUUUUAACAUUGUUUAACACUACACGUUUAGGCCAUACAUUAAAAAUAAGGCAUACUACAAAACAUGGAGUGGAGUCAUGGAGUGGAGUGGUGGAGUGGAGUCAAAAUUGGAGUGGAGUCAUGGAGUGGAGUCUAAUUUGGAGUGGAGUGGAGUCAAAAUUGGAGUGGAGUCAUGGAGUGGAGUCAAAUUUGUUUUAUCAAUAAUAUUUAUUUAUUGAUAUUUUUAUAACUAUUCAACAUAAUAAUGCUUUUGUCUUACAUUGAUUGUAGCCACACAGAACAGAGGGCUUGGUCAAAUUGUUAAUUGUCAGUAUAUUUUAUCUCAUUGUUUUUUAAGAGAUUUUAAAGCAUCACAUAGAUAUGAAAUACAAAUUUAUUUAUUUGAGAACAGUUGUAAACAAAUCAAAAGGCGGUCAACCCAUGGGAACAUAUUCAAAUAGACCACAGUAUAAAAUACUGGUAAAAAGUAAUAACCAAGUUUCCAAAACUAAGUUCCAACUGAACAACUGUAGGACAUGUUCUAAUUACUACUUGAUGUAUUCUCUGAUGGGUUGGGUAUAAUAAUAGACAUUAUUUUUCAUAACCUUUAUCAGUGAACAAAUAUAACACUCCUCAUCAGUGUUUUUUUUUUAUUGAAGUUUGUUGUUUUUGUUGUUUUACUUAACAAAUUUUUCACUUGGCCUUAGAUCAUUUUCAAAACUUGUUGACAGAUAUAUUAUGAGAACCUUUCAGUCCCAUUCUAAAAACCAAAUAUCAAUAUCAAUUUACAAGUUUAAUUAUCUUAUUAGAUGAAUUAUUUCAACAGUAUUUAAUUUAAAUUAAACGAGGAAUUUAUGAGUCAGAUAAAAUUUAGAUAUUUAAACUUGUUACAUAAAUAAUUUAAUAUUUGUGAUUAUGCAUUAUUAGUGUUUGAUAUUGCAAUAUUGACUACCGUUUAGCUCGGGUAAAUAAAAAAAUAAGUAGCAUGCAUGUUGGUGUGUUAAAUUCAUUAAUUUUAUUGCUGACAAAAUUUCUAUUGUAUCAACCCGCGACCUGCAGCCCGAAGCCCGCAAUUUUGUGUACAUGUAUAUAUUUUGCGGGCUGCAGGUUGCUACAAUGAAACAUUUUUCCAUUAUAGGAACCCACAAUUUAGUGUUACUGUAUUAAAUGGUUGCACAUUUUUACUCGAAAAAUGAGAAGUUGAGUACAAUAAGCCUCUGCAAUUUUGUCAGAUGUGAUCAUGAUCGUUGAAAAAAUUCUUGUAUUUUAAGUUUACACUAAUUUCUUUAUUUUCGAUUGCGAAACAAGUUCUUACAACUUAUAAUUAAUCGCUAGCGAGACUCAUUUCAGAUGGAAUUAACCUCGAGUUAAGAUGUUUUAGUUGUCUUGUAAAAUGAAAAACGCAAUAAGUGUUUAAAAACAAACUCAAACUCAAACUCAUCACAAACUGCUGUAUCUCGUACAAAAAUGAUAGAAUUAUGAGAUUUCACAAGUUAUUCUAUUAUUCUGAGACCUGGAUGCCCAGGUCAAACCGAAGUUAUGAUUAUUUUUUGAUAUGCUCCAGUAACCAGCGUGUACACCUCAUUCAAAUAAUUAUUUUUCUAUAAUUUGGCUUUAACGAUUUUUUUAUUCCGAUGUUACUUUGUUCCCAAAAAAUUGCUUUACAGUGUAAAACCGCACUGAAAAAUAACCACCAGUUAAGGAACUACACAUGGAGUAGCAUUAUUUAUUGAACGACCCUCGUAUUUCUGAGUGUCAAAAAGUUAGCAAUUUUUGAAAUCCAUCUGUUUGGGGUGCACAGAUUUUAGCAAAUUUCUGAUUUCCUGACUUAUGUAAUGAUAACACAUUCUUAUGGUACAUUACAAUUUUAUUUACAAAUAUUAGCGAAUUUUUACAAUUUUCCAAAAUUUCCACCUUGCUAAGUUUACCACUUCUACGGUAUGUUUCUGCGCAUCCGAAACUGUCUAAUACUUGGAUUUUUCAUUGAUUUUCACCAUUCUGUGUUUAUCACAGGUAGCUAAAUACCUUCUGGAAAUAUAUUGGGCAAAUAAUUUAGUUAAUUUAUUACUAUUUCAUCUAUGUACACACAUAUUAAAAUAAAAUACAAUGCACAUAUAAUCUUAAAAUCUCAGCCAAGUUUGAUUCUGGGCUACACCUGUAUACUGUAAGUCAAGAGUUGUCGGCCCUUCAAUGUAACACAAUUUGUUACGUAUCACCUUGUUAGAUCUAGUACAUCACAUGUAUCUUGAUUUCUUUUGGAAUCCUAAUCAUAUUUAUAUACAAUAUGAAGUGAUCUUAAGAUCUAGAUCUAGAUCAGGAGUGAUUACAAGGCAAAUCAGACUAAAAAGUCUAGCAGAGUCAGAGCUAUAAGGCCUUGAUCUAUAAAAAAUAAAAUGAUUCCCACAUUUACACUUUCAUUUCUGCAUCAAUCCAAAUGAUAUGAAGAAUUAAAAUCUGGUGCAAGUGUGAUGGUAAGAUCGUUAAGAAAUGGGCUGUUGCUUGUAAUGUUUAAAAGAAAAUUCUCUUCAAAUGGUCACAUUGACCUAAUGAUUCCAAUAGCCCCUUCAUCCGAGUGGUCUCAAAUGCAUUUCACAGAUAAGAAACAUGUAUUUUAUAAAGUUUCACCUAAAAGUCUGUUACUUAUAAUUAACAAGAAAAAAAAAAAAGAGAAAAAUAACAUGUUAUCUCCGUGUGAUGAACAUUUAAUAUAUAAAUGCAAAUGCCAUUUCAAAUUUAAAUAAUAAAUCCAGUGCUACAUCAAAAAAUGCUACACAUUUUUUUCAUCAUUUUUAAUUGGAAUUGACACCACUAUGAUAAUGCACGUCCUUUCUCCUGUCACUUAAAAUGAAAAUUAAUGUAGGCAACAACCAUCCAAUAUACCCUAAUAAAACCUUUAAAUAUUUAAUCAACCGCAUGGUAGGUGUUAGAAAUACAUGGAACUAGAACAUAAAUAUAGACACUACAUUUAUUUUUUCAGAAAUAUAUUAUAUAUAUACUGACUCGCAUUUUCUCUAAAGGGCAAUAAAUCAAUUAUUUUGUUAACAGGAAUUUAGAUGGAGCUUCACAGGCUUAAUACAACAUUUCAAAAUUUUGACUCAAUGACUCCAUUCCAAAUUUGACUCCACUCCAAAAUUUGACUCCACUCCACGACUCCACUCCAAUUUUGACUCCACUCCACCACUCCACUCCAUGACUCCACUCCACGACUCCACUCCAUGUUUUGUAGUAUGCCUAAAAAUAAAGUGUAAACUUUCUUUGCCUUGAUAGGCAAUGAAAACGAAAAUUACAGUGUCAGUUUUGGGUGUGUGAAGUGUAAGUACAUGUACAUUGUAACACCGCACCCCUCCUCCCCCCUCCCCAACAGCCUUUACAGAAUAUAGGCUAUAUUGAUUUGCUUAAUAUAUUAAUCAGUCUGUUUGUAUACCAUUUAAUUUCAGGUUAAUAACUUAGGUACACUUUGAAAGUAUUUUAGGGGAAUGGAGUCACAGUGUCCCCUCCACCACACAAAUGAAAUACAGAGGACAAUUGAGCCUUUUGCGAUGAAACUUCAUGUUACAGUGGCCUGUAGUUAGUGGGUGACCCCUAUUGUUUUGAAGGGUCAGUACCUCAUUGAUCAAGGCCAUGGUGACCUUGAGACUAAAACCAGUUUCUGAUCAAUAAUUGGAGAAUUUUUACAUCCGUGGUUAUACAUCUUUUGAAUUAUUGCCUAGUUUUGCUAGAUGAUCCUUAUUGUUUUAACUUGUCUCUACUUAUUAUAUUGUUUAUUAUCAUUUACUUGUGACAGCUCAUCUUGUCUGUGCGGGAGUGGGUGGGGUGCAUACACACUUCUUGAUGUAAGUUACCCGUAGUCCCAUGAUCUUGUUACACUGUUUAUCUCUGUGUUUUCAUUAUAUUUUGUUUGAACAUGUACAGUUAGGUUUUACUGAAGUUUAUUAUUGUAUUUAUUUAGUCUCAUUUGAACUCAAAAUGUUUUAAUUUUAUAUACUGCAUAAUAUAAUCAUAUCUCAGUUAAUAUUAUACUUUUGAGCUGAAAGGAAGUUUAGAUCUUCUUUUAUUGAUAAGGGGGAUGGAGGUGCUGCUUUAAAGUUAUUUCAGUGGUAGGCCACGGUUAAACCUUGGUGAAAAUUGUCAAUAAGUACAUCUAUUUAUUUAAUUUCAUAUAACAGCUUAUAUAUUAACUCAUUAAACUGAGAUAUUGUGCUGUUUGAAAUUGAAAAGUUUAUGUACUGUUCAGUUCAAAUUGGCAAAAAUAUUGAUUUUUUAUAAUCAUUCAGUUCGUUUUUAAUAUGGACAGGACGUACAGCAUAAAACAUAUCACAGAUAAAAUCAUUGGCUUUCUAAUGGUAUCUCAAUGCUGAAGAAAAUUGCCUUCAAAUAGCGAGAAAAUUUAAAAACCUCAAAUUUUUACAUAGAGAAAUGAACAAAAAAUACAUGUUUGUGAAUGUGAUAAAACUUACAUAAUGCUACAGUCUUUCAGAACCAUACUUGAAAUGGUUCUAUUCAGUUCUGUUAGUUAAUACUUUUUCAAUGAAGGGUAUUAGAAUGCUCAGAUGUUCUGAUGUACUUGUGGGGGAAGAUGGGUUUCAUUUGAGAACAAUACCACAAAAUUCUUCACUACUUUCACAUGCUAGUUUUGUAAAACAUGUUUUGUAAAUAUUUUAAUGGGAUUAAAGCUGGUGCUCAAACAAAAGUACCAAUACGAAAUGCACAUAAUGGUACCUUUGGUAAAUAAAACAUUUAUUUGGUUCCCCCUCUCCAACCAACAAAGAGGUGGCAUAUUGUUGAUUGUUGUGCAUAUUGCUUGUCUGUUGGUCGGUUGGUGAGUCUGUCAGUCAGUAGACAAUUUAAAUUUCAGCCAAUAAAUAAGGGUAUGAUAGAGCUGCCUGAAGUCAGUAGAGGACCCAUAUUGUUUUAGGGGUCAGUAGGUCAAAGGUCAAAAUACCAGUGACCUCAAGUCUGAUCAUUAUCUGGAGAAUACGUUGGCCUCUGGUGUAAAUAACAUCAUAGGAUGAUUAUGCGUGUAGUCAGUAAAUGACCCCAGCUGUUGUUGAAGUCAUUAGGUCAAGGUCACAGCAUAUAGUCAGUAAAUGACCCCGGCUGUUGUUGAAGUCAUUAGGUCAAGGUCACAGCAUAUAGUCAGUAAAUGACCCCGGCUGUUGUUGAAGUCAUUAGGUCAAGGUCACAGCAUAUAGUCAGUAAAUGACCCCGGCUGUUGUUGAAGUCAUUAGGUGAAGGUCACAGCAUAUAGUCAGUAAAUGACCCCGGCUGUUGUUGAAGUCAUUAGGUGAAGGUCACAGCAUAAAAAUUGCCCCGAACAGGCCAUCAAGUUGGGCAUAUUUGUUUUACAAACAGCUCUUGUUUGAUAAAAAAACUUUCGAAAUUAUUGAUCAGUGGUAAAAGGUUUCAGCAUCUUGGUGCAGAAUAUUAAUUUUGAGCAUAGCUUCGGAUCGUCAGAAAAGCAUGCAUUAUAAUACAGACCUGCUAUUCAACACAAAGCACAAGGUCCUUUUCCUGUGUUAGCAUAAUGUCUGUCUACUUAUUUCAAGUCCCAAUAUCUAGUGCUAAUAAAGAUGGAAUAGAGAAAGGUUAAAUAAUGUCAGCAGUUUGUACAAGUUGUGCAUCUAAGUUUUAGACAAAAUCCCCAAAAAUGCAUUCUUUGUUUGUUAUAUGCAGUGUGAAGUAUAUGGUGUGAUUGAUCAUACAUUUGUUUUCCUGUAAACUGUUUAGUACAUAAUACUUGUAUGUAUACCUUAUAAUGUAGAUAGUGUUACUUCUAGUGUACAGCAGCUAUAUUUGUUAAUGCUCGUUUAUUAGGUAUAUAUGUAAAUACCGCUGUCUCAAAGCUUAAUCUGUACAGUGUUUUAGCAGAUUUUACACUGUAGAUAAUAGAAUUAUGUAUCUUACUGAAAUAAACUGUAUUUGUUGAGUUGUAA